AUGGCACCCCCUCCACCCCUUCCCACCGUGAAUUGGGCGACCCUGGGCCUCGACGUCCGCGACACCGUCAACGGACACAUCGAAGCCACCUUCUCGGCCUCGACCUCCACCUGGUCCGCACCCCAAUUCAUCAAAGACCCCUACCUGCGCAUCCACGGCCUCUCCCCCGCGCUCAACUACGGCAUGCAAGCCUACGAAGGUCUCAAAGCGAUCCGCACGCCCGACAACCGCAUUACCAUCUUCCGCCCGGACUUCCACGCCCGCCGCAUGCAGCACUCGGCCGAGACCGUCUCGCUGCCCCCCGUCCCCACGAGCCUCUUCAUCGACUGCAUCGCGCAAGCUGUGCAGCGCAACGCCGAGUUCGUCGGCCCCGCCGACUCCGCCGCCGUGCUGUACCUGCGCCCUCUCCUCUUCGGCUCCGGCCCGCAACUGGCGCUUGAGCCUCCGUCCGAAUUCACCUUUGCGGUCUUCGUGCAGCCCGCGACCACGUACCACGGGGUGCAGCCCCUGCCCUGUCUGGUCAUGGAAGGGUUUGAUCGCGCGGCGACGCGCGGCACGGGGCAUGCGAAGAUUGGGGGCAAUUACGCGCCGGUCAUCAAGCAUAGUCGCGAGGCGAAAGCCAAGGGGUUUUAUCUCACGUUGCAUCUGGAUAGUGCGACCAUGAGCGAGAUGGAGGAGUUUAGCACGAGUGGAUUCGUGGGUGUGAGGACGCCGAAGGAGGGGUCAGAGGGGAAAGGGGUGUUGGUGGUGCCGGAUAGUAAGCAAGUCAUUGAGAGCGUGACGAGCGACAGCUUGCAGGAUAUUGCGCGGGGGUUGGGGUACGAGGUUGAGAAGCGGGUGGUCAAGUAUGAGGAGCUGAAGGACUUCAGUGAGGUCCUGGCCGUGGGUACUGCCGCGAGCGUCCUCCCCAUCGCCGCCAUCGUCCGCGAGAGCUCAGGCGACAAGUUCGUGUACUGUGCGGCGGGCAAGCCGGGCCCAGCCGCCGUCGAGCUCAGCGGCGCCAUCACGAAGGCGAUCAGAGGGCAGACCGAGGACACCCAUGGCUGGCUGUAUGAGGUGCCCUUCCCGGAGGAGAAGAAGAAGGGACCGCCGCGCUUGGAUACGGUGCAGGUCAAUGGAGGGGGCAUAAGCCAGGCGGAGUUGGAAAUGGUCACGAGCCCGAUUUAA